GCCACCCUUUUCUUCACUCAUUGCUGGAGCGCAGGAGGAGCUUGUUUGUUUGCGCAAACCUGCGUGCGUGCCCACGCAGCAUCCAGCUGCCAUCAGUUCAUUGCAAGCGCAGCGGUGGUAGUGUAGCUGUAGCCUGUAGCUAGCAGAGGAGGGAAGAGCAGAGCAGGGCAGGGCGCGCGCUCUGUGGGAAGCUAGGUCGAUAGAGAGAGAUAGCUCCGGGUUGCCGCCGGUCAUCUCGGUCGAUAGAGGUAAAGAUAGCAGCUUGGGCGAUCGGAGGGGGCUAGGAUGGUGAACACGGCGGCGAGCCUCGGAGUCGGCGGCAGGGCGGGCGGCGUGCUGCCGCUGGCGUCGCUGAACCACAUCAGCAUCGUGUGCCGGUCGGUGGAGGAGUCGCUGCGCUUCUACACCGACGUGCUGGGCUUCGUCCCCAUCCGCCGCCCGGGCUCCUUCGACUUCGACGGCGCAUGGCUGUUCAACUACGGGAUCGGCAUCCACCUGCUGCAGUCGGAGGACCCCGGCAGCCUGCCGGAGAAGAGAGAGAUCAACCCCAAGGACAACCACAUCUCCUUCCAGUGCGAGAGCAUGGCGGCGGUGGAGCGGCGGCUCAAGGAGCUGGGCAUCCCGUACGUGCAGCGGUGCGUGGAGGAGGGCGGCAUCAACGUCGACCAGAUCUUCUUCCACGACCCCGACGGCUUCAUGAUCGAGAUCUGCAACUGCGACAACCUCCCCGUCAUCCCGCUCGCCGGCGGCGCGCCCGUCCUGGGGGCCUGCAAGCGCGCCGCCGCCGUCAAGCAGCACCAGCAGCAGCACAAGGGCGGCGCUGUGCCCUCCGCUCCCGCGGCGGCGGCGCAGGCCAUCCGCGUCGCCGAGGAGGCGCACAUCUCGUGCGCGUGAGCAGCUAGCUUGCCACGGCGUGCGUGGUCAUGUCGUCGGCGGCGAUGCUUCGGAGCCGUACGUCCGUGCGCCGCCGUCGAUGGUGGUGGCGACUGGCGAGGCACGGGCACGGGGCGCCCGUGUGCGGCUGGCGUGUCGUCGUCUGUAUAUGCGUCGAGUGUAGUAGGGUUGCGUGUAAGAGUGAAAACUCCCCUUCUAAGUGAAGAAUAAUAAACCAUGGCAGGAAGAUUUCUUCCUUAUUUUCUCCUCAA